CGGACGUCGCUCUUCCAAGAUGGCGGCGCGUCCGUCGCGAGCAGCCGGGCCGGGGGGAAGCCAGCGAAGCCGAGUAAAGCCGCCGCCCGGGACAGGACUGAAGCAGCAGUUGCCGCCGUUGGCGGCGGCCCGGGCAGUUUCCGCUGCUGCUACGGCUGUUGCCAUGCGGCGAGGCUAGGGAGGACCUCACUCCCCCGGGGUGUAAUGAUGUUAACAGAGGCCAGUCUGUCCAUAUGGGGAUGGGGAAGCCUUGGCGUUGUCCUUUUCCUAAUAACCUUCGGACCCUUUGUAAUAUUUUAUUUGGCAUUUUAUAUCCUCUGCUUUGUGGGAGGGGGUUUAGUGGUUACUCUUCUGUAUGGGAAAACUAACUCAGAAAAAUACCUAGAACAGUGUGAACACUCAUUUCUUCCUCCAACAUCAUCUGGGGUUCCUAAGUGCUUAGAAGAAAUGAAACGCGAAGCCAGGACUAUAAAGAUUGACAGAAGAUUGACGGGUGCCAAUAUAAUUGAUGAGCCUCUCCAGCAAGUUAUCCAGUUUUCCUUGAGGGAUUAUGUCCAGUACUGGUAUUAUACAUUAAGCGAUGAUGAGUCAUUUCUUCUUGAAAUUAGGCAAACUCUUCAAAAUGCGCUCAUUCAGUUUGCUACUAGGUCAAAAGAAAUAGACUGGCAGCCUUAUUUUACUACACGCAUUGUAGAUGAUUUUGGCACUCACCUACGAGUAUUCAGAAAGGCCCAACAGAGAGUAACAGAGAAAGAUGAUCAAGUAAAAGGUACAGCAGAGGAUCUGGUAGAAACCUUUUUUGAAGUUGAAGUUGAAAUGGAGAAGGAUGUUUGCCGGGAUCUAGUGUGCACUUCUCCCAAAGAUGAAGAAGGAUUCCUAAGGGAUUUGUGUGAGGUUUUAUUAUAUUUAUUGCUACCUCCUGGAGAUUUCCAGAGCAAGAUCAUGCGAUACUUUGUCAGGGAAAUCCUUGCACGAGGAAUUCUUCUUCCAUUAAUAAAUCAACUCAGUGAUCCUGAUUAUAUUAAUCAAUAUGUCAUAUGGAUGAUCCGUGAUUCAAAUUGCAACUAUGAGGCCUUUAUGAACAUUAUUAAAUUAAGUGACAAUAUUGGAGAGUUAGAGGCAGUCAGAGAUAAGGCAGCAGAAGAGCUCCAGUAUCUCAGAUCCUUAGAUACAGCCGGUGAUGAUAUUAAUACUAUCAAAAAUCAAAUAAAUAGCUUAUUAUUUGUAAAGAAAGUAUGUGAUUCAAGAAUACAGCGGUUACAGUCAGGCAAAGAAAUCAAUACUGUGAAGCUAGCAGCAAACUUUGGGAAACUUUGUACAGUCCCCUUGGACAGCAUUCUUGUAGACAAUGUUGCACUACAAUUUUUUAUGGAUUAUAUGCAGCAAACUGGAGGCCAAGCACAUCUCUUCUUCUGGAUGACAGUGGAAGGGUACCGGGUUACAGCCCAGCAACAGCUCGAGGUUCUCUCAGGUCGCCAGAGAGAUGGCAAACAGCAGACCAACCAAACCAAAGGCCUUUUAAGAGCAGCAGCUGUUGGAAUUUAUGAGCAGUAUUUAUCUGAAAAGGCAUCACCAAGAGUUAUUGUUGAUGACUAUUUAGUUGCAAAAUUAGCAGAUACUUUGAAUCAUGAAGAUCCAACUCCAGAAAUCUUUGAUGAUAUUCAAAGAAAGGUAUAUGAACUGAUGCUACGAGAUGAAAGAUUUUAUCCUUCCUUUAGGCAGAAUGCGCUCUAUGUGCGAAUGCUGGCUGAGCUUGACAUGUUAAAAGAUCCUAGUUUCAGAGGAUCAGAUGAUGGGGAUGGAGAAUCUUUUAAUGGGUCUCCUACAGGAAGCAUAAAUUUGUCUUUAGAUGACCUUUCAAGUGUGACUUCUGAUGAUUCUGUACAACUUCAUGCCUACAUUUCAGACACUGUAUAUGCUGACUAUGACCCAUAUGCUGUGGCAGGCGUUUGUAAUGAUCAUGGCAAGACAUAUGCACUAUAUGCCAUCACUGUACACCGGCGCAACCUAAACACCGAGGAGAUGUGGAAAACCUAUCGGCGUUAUAGUGACUUCCAUGACUUCCACAUGAGAAUCACUGAGCAGUUUGAAAAUCUGUCAAGCAUAUUGAAGCUUCCUGGUAAAAAGACGUUUAACAAUAUGGAUAGAGAUUUUUUAGAAAAGAGGAAAAAGGAUUUAAAUGCCUAUUUGCAGUUACUCUUGACUCCUGAAAUGAUGAAGGCAUCCCCGGCGCUGGCUCACUGUGUUUAUGACUUCCUUGAGAACAAAGCUUACAGUAAAGGGAAGGGCGAUUUUGCUCGAAAGAUGGACACUUUUGUAAAUCCACUUCGCAACUCUAUGAGGAAUGUUUCAAAUGCAGUCAAAUCCCUUCCUGAUAGCUUGGCAGAAGGAGUGACAAAAAUGUCGGACAACGUGGGCAGAAUGUCAGAGAGAUUAGGGCAAGACAUAAAGCAGUCAUUUUUUAAGGUACCUCCUUUAAUUACGAAGACUGAUUCAGAUCCUGAACAUUGUCGAGUCUCAGCUCAGCUUGAUGAUAAUGUGGAUGACAAUAUUCCACUUAGGGUAAUGCUGCUUCUAAUGGAUGAGGUGUUUGACUUAAAAGAGAGAAACCAGUGGUUGAGAAGGAAUAUCAAAAAUUUACUCCAGCAGCUUAUUAGAGCUACAUAUGGUGAUACUAUUAACAGAAAAAUAGUUGACCAUGUUGACUGGAUGACCUCACCGGAACAAGUAGCUGACUCGGUGAAGCGUUUCAGAGAUGCAUUUUGGCCCAAUGGCAUUUUAGCAGAGACUGUCCCAUGCAGAGAUAAAGCUAUUCGAAUGAGAACAAGAAUUGCAGGAAAAACAAAAUUAUUUGCAAUUAUGCCAGAUGAACUGAAGCACAUUAUUGGAGCGGAGACAACACGGAAAGGUAUUCUUCGUGUUUUUGAAAUGUUUCAGCACAACCAGCUAAAUAGGAGAAUGGUGUAUGUCUUCUUAGAAGGCUUUUUAGAAACCUUAUUUCCACAGUAUAAAUUUCGUGAACUUUUUAACAAACUUCAUUCAAGGUCAAAGCAAAUGCAGAAAUAUAAACAAAAACUUCAAAGUACUCAAGCGCCUUCUUUACAAAAAAGGUGACACUCCAACUUGUGAAGCUGGUGUUCAUUUUGUCCAGGACUAAUGGUGUGGACAGAUCUUCUGGGGUGUAACUCACGUACUGUUGUGUCUACACCAGUCUUUCCAUGUCUCAAAACAGAUUACUAGUACAUCAUAAGCCUGGUUCUUGUCAUCCUCAACUGUAAUCCGCCAAUACCAAGAGAGAUCCCUGUGUCUUACGUGAUCUGGUGCAUUACUUGCAACAUUGAGAGGAUACUGCCCCAUCUCGUUCAAGAAUGGAGUUGGUCUCUUCUGUUCCAAACUAAUCAGCAUUCUCUCCCAGUGCCAGAGUGCCAGAGUGUGUGUGGGGGAGCUGAGGGAAGCACAAAGCAAUGGGUCAUAGGUAACUUAGCUAACUAAUGUGGUAGCUGCCGAGUGCAGCACAUAGGUGGAGAGAUUGUCUCACUCAAGGAUCUUGUGGGUCGUCAGCAUUUUUGCUAUCAUGUGGGUUAGCAGGUGAGUGAUCUUCAGAACAAUUGUUCAAUUGUUUCCAGGUGGCCUGGGCAAAGUGAGAGAAAGAAUGCCCUUAGUGCAAGAAAUCACCCUUCCCAAAUUACCGUUCUGUGUAAAGCACUAUAAAAUAAAACCAAUCAAAACUAGCAUUUGAUUGGAUUUAUUAUUCAUUGAUGGAAAUGUUGGUUGAUUUUCUUUUUGUGAUGUGCUGUAAGGGCUCGGCUUUGUUCUUACAGCCCUCACCUCUCCACCUCUCCUUUGGCAUUCUGUGCAGAAGAAGCAUGUGGUAGCACUCUUAUGAGUUCAGAUUUUUUAAUCUUUUAACAGAUUACUGAUUAUAUAGAAGGGAAAUUAUUUAUUGUAAGAACUGCCAAAUACAUUGUCCUUCUAAAAGUUGGAAAUUAAAACAGUACUCUAUUGAAAGUUACCAUAUGAUAACUUUAAAUUGUAUGAUCUAGACAUGCCUUAGGUAACUACCAAUAUAGCAAAUCAAAGGAUUAAUGAGCUUCUAGUCCUAUGUAAACAUACAAAUGCCUAAUUCUACUAUGUGUACAUAUAUAAAAAUAAAUAAUGAAAACAGAACUGUACUAUUUUUUAAAAUAUGCUUUUAUUUAUAUUUCGCAUAAUGUAAAAUUCUAAAUAAAGCUAGUAGACAAAACCCUUUGGUGUAUACAUUUAACGCCCUAAUAUUUUAUAUCAGUGAAACAAAAUACCUUUUCCAGUUGUGAAGCCUUUGCAUUUCCUAGUGUUCUCUCCAUUUUGUCCAUUAGGAAGUCUUCAUAUCCCAUAUAUGCAGGAUUUCUGUACUUUUAAAUACUUCCAAUGACUAAGGGUUUGGAUAUAUCAGCUCUUUUUGUUUUAAAAAUAUUUAACACUAAAACCUUAAAAUAGUGAAACUAUCAGACCACUGAGCCAGUACCCUGAUAGCUAAAGAACGUUUGGGUGCUUGUUGUAAAGGGACAGAGUAUUGAUAAUCCAGCUCUUUGAGAGCUUGGAGACUGGAACAGGAUUUGUCUUGCUGUCUUUCAGAUCCUUCUAACCCAGUGAAGCCUAGUAAUAUGAGGGAAGCCUUCCUGUAAGGCUUUCCAAUGCUCACCCGUGCUGUGUGCAUAUGUAUAGUAUGCACACACUCAGCAUGCAUUGCAUGUCUUUCAGAAUUACAUAAGUAAAACCCCUUUCAAAACUUGCAAGUGAGGAAAGAUUCUGUUUCUCUGGCAGAAGAAAUGUUUCCUGUACUCAUCAUAUGCUCCUGCCCUGCCCUGCCCUGCCCUGCCCUGCCCUGCCCUGCCCUUCCUCAGCCCCAGGCUUAAAAUUGGAUGAGCCAGGUUUGUGGGAAGCCUCAGCAUGGCCACAAGUGCAAUAACUUCAUCCAUAGCCUCCCUUCUCAGUUAUAUUCUUACAUGAAUACAUUUAAGUGUAUUCAGAAGGAUUCAUGCAAGAGCCUAGUGUGUACAUGUGAAAAGUGAGAAAACUGUCAACCAGGGGAAAUAGGUCAUAAAAAAUGCAGAUUCUUCUUCUAACAGCCCUGCAAGACAACUGCAACCACACCAAAACAAAACAAAGAGCAAAAACAAAACUAUUGGAGGAAGUAGUUCUUUAAAGGAAUUGCAGUUGAGAAGCAUUUCUAUUUCAGGAGCAGAGAUGUCCAAUGGCCGUGUGUCUGUGAGCGUCUGUUUCACAACAGAGUGUGCUCAUUGGUCCUAGGCUUGUUCCAGCGGUGUAGAGUGUUUAACCCAUAAGCAAAGGGUUUAUUAAAGGUUUUAUUAAAAACCCUUUAAUAAAAUUAUUAUAUUUUGUGCACUUGCUGCACAGAUGAACAUAGACACAAAGAGACUUUAUGUCUUCUGCUGAACGCUUUUAAGUCAAUGGUGGUGCCUCUAGGCAAGAACCGUCAAAAUUAAUCAUUCUUUUGGGUUUUCUGAUAUUUUUUUUUCAGGUAGUAUAAAACUACAGAAAACCCAUCACAGCUUAUUCACCUAAAUUUUGUAUGACUUAAAUGUCACACUUAGAUGAGCAUUUCCUAUCAUUUGAGUGUCCCAUGUAGUUGCUGGAAACAGUUGUGCCAUUGACCGGAGGAUGCACUUUGUUAGCCUUAAUUUAAAACAACAACAAAAUUUCUUGAAUAUAUCAGUUUGAUCACUACAAGCUUGCUGCAGGUGUUUGGGGGAAAAAAGUUAAGUGCAAUGAAAGUGUACCACUUUUUGUAGAAAAAAAACUAAGAACAACAUAAUUUUCCACAAUCUACAGUUUUAAUUUUGUGCAAUAUUUUCAUUUAAUGCAUGUUUGAGUAAUUGUAUAAUAACUACAUUUUUAAUGUUUUGAGAUCUAAUUUAACUGUCUUCUUAACCCAACAACUUCAUUCUGUUGUUGCUGCACCUUAAUUAAGGACUUGUUUUAAAAGUCUUUUUGUCACUCCUUGUAAAAUUCUUUUCUUAGUAGAAAAUUUUGCUUAUGGGAGCAUGGCUCCUAUAUUAUAAGGGAAAACUAAAGAGCACAUUUUAGGAUUUUAAUUGUUAAAAAUUACCUUGUGCAUAUCACUGUACAUAAGUGUCAAUCGUGCCUAACCGCUCUAUCAAUGCUCUCCUCUAACCAAGGGGAAAGAAUCAGAAUGUCAGUUAUUUUUAUUAACUACAGAAAUUAAAAAUUUUUAUUUGGUUUGUGUUAU